CGUCACCCGAAAAGAUUAUCAUUUUCUUCGUCCCAACAGCCAUUAUGAGCCUUCCAAUGCCUACUACGGGAAACAGCAGCUACGGACGCUCCGGUGCGAUGGAUCCGAGACAACUCCAAGCGAUGGACGCUCCUCUCAUCGCCCUCACGCAGCAGUGCAAGGGCGAUCUCCGGCAGUUGAUGUACGCCUUUUUCAGCUUUUUGAAUCGCCGGACCGAUUUCUACCUCGUUCCCCAUCCCGACGAUACACGGGACGGAAAAGCUACGCAGAUGGGAUUUGCGGAGGGGGACGCCGAAAAAAUGUUGCUCGCCGCCUUUCGGCAAUUCCCCCUCCGGCGCAUCCCCAGGGGCGGUGUGCCGGCGGGAAGAAAAGCACCAACCCCUUCGGCGAAGACGAAGACGCAGGCGAACAAAUCACCAAGUCCUUCCUCUAAACCGGAUGCGGGAGACAAACAAACGGAACCGAAACCGAUUACCGACAAAGGAGACAGCAGCGGGAACAAGAAAUCCGAACUGUCCGGGGGAGAUGGGACAAAACAAAGUCCCAAAACCAAGAACGACGACGACGACGACGGCAGCAACAGCAAUAGCAAUGACGAGGAGCAGGUACCACCCAAUAUGAAUGGCGUUCGAUACAACGAGGAAGGUCUCCAGAUACCCGUUGGCAACGGUGGUUCUACUCCGAAAUACAAAUGGACCCAGACCAUUGACGAGACUACCGUCUUGAUUGGCGUCCCAAAGGAGUUCAGGGGUAAGGACUACGAUGUAUCGAUCACGGCCUCGGAACUUUCCGUCAAGGCCAAGAGAUGUUUGCCGGGCGAAGAAAAAUCGAGGACCUUUGUGGAGGGAAAACUCGUAGACAGCAUCCGUGUCGAUGAGUCCACCUGGAGCAUUGAGGGAGGAGUCAUGAUUGUCACACUCGAGAAAAAGGCCAAAAAGUUCUGGACCGCAGUAUACGAAGAUGACAUAGAAAAGUACAAGAUCGACACCGAACUCGUCGAUUCGCGUCGACGAAUAGACGAGUACGACGACGCGACCCAGGCUCAAUUCCGGAAAACCAUCUUUGACCAAAACCAAUACCAUUUGAACGGCCCCACCUCUGAUGAAAUCUUGGGCAAAACCAAGAAGGGGGGCCCCAAUAAGCCAGGUAUUCCAGGACUACCGCAAGGUAUGGAGAUCAAGGACGCUGCAAACAACAAUGCAGGCAUCGAAGACCUACCGCCGGGUGUGGAAUAUAUUGAUAAGAAAACGCUAGACGCAGCAGAGAAAGAUAAGAAAUAAUACAAAACAUAUAGCAGCAACAUUUGCACACAAAGACUGCGAGGUCCCUUCCUGAUUCUGUUGUAAUAUAGAAUAAAGUCAGUU